AUGGCAGGAUUUUUCGGCGAAAGCGUUAAGGGUACGGUCCCAGGUGUCAGCGAGCACCAACGGCGGCGCAAGGUAGGAAGCUCUCCGAGAAAGAAGACAGGGAAGAAGACCAGCAGCUUUGGAACCAACCAUUCGUCGUCUGAGGAGGAAGGGAAGAGCCCGCAGCUCUCCGAAGCCGCCAUAAAUAGCGAAGAAGAGGAAGAUACGCCAUGGAGGCACUUCGACGGCAUUGAUGACCUGGAACAGGCUCUGAGGGCUUACAUAGAAGAGUGGGGGGAAGAUCAUGACGACGGUAAAAGCUGUGCCCAUUGGUUGCGGAAGCUAGCUCGUGCGAGGGAAACUGGAAAAACUGAAAAGCUAUUGAUGAAGUGGAACGCUGCUGUUGAAGGACAAAACACGAGCAAUGGGGAUGAAGCCGAAGAUGGGACAAAAGAGAGUUCGAGGAAGAAUGCCAAAAAAACGGCCCCGAGGGGACGGUCAACUGAACGAGAUCCCCCGGCAACAUGUGACGGUGGAGACUCGGCACACCCUCGAGGGCGCCGUUCAGGCUCCACUGGGGUAGAUCCUGAAGCCGUCAAACUUUUCUUCUCAGGAAAAGCUGGAGACCAGGUAAAUUUGAGGAACACAGGAAAGCACACUCACCGCCUUACUUUCGUUGUCUCCUCACGUUCAGCCUCAGUUGCCCCAUCUGAGAAGCGAGCUGACGAGGAGGAGAGAUGA